GUUUCAAUCAGAAAUGCUCACGGCAAUGUCGGGGUUUGAAGCGGAGUAAGCCUUGGUGCAAACGACAACCUUUGGAUCGUAGAAGCCCCAAAAUAAGACCCGUUGAAUAGCUCACCCUUACUUUGCUCUCGAUCCAAAUCCAUCCAAGCUCACCCAUGAACUCAACCACCCAGUAUGGCUGUAAUGGCACGAGUGAGGGGACUAAUAUAACACUCAAAGUACCCAUAGAGCGCCCUUGUCGUAUAAGACUCGGAGAUGUCCCGGUGCAAAUGAUGCUUUAGCAUUAUUCCUUCGAAUGCGCUGCAGAACAUAUGCGACUAGGUGCAGACAGUCAAAUCGCCUUUCCCGCUUAUUCUUUCUUAAGGAAGUGGAGAUACAGCUUACCAUGCGACACAGAGAGUGUGACUGUUCCCCUCUGUGACAAUCAUCAAGAAUCUAGUGAUAUUCCCCGGGAAACAAAUUAUCACCCUCCAAAUAAUACGCACAUAUUGUUUGUAUCGUUCCCAUUUCAUCGACCUUCAACAGGAUAACUUCCCUCGCUGUCUUGUGGUCCUCCCUCCCAAUUGUUUUGGUUGCUCUCUUCCUCACUUGUCUUGGAUGUAUCAGGUCUGGUUGUGCAUAUCUUUGGUUUUUCUCUACUCUAUCUCAAGGUGUUAUUCUGUACCAUUUAUUGGUUCUAUUUGUAAUCUUUGUGUUGACUCAUCUAUCCAAUCUAGAUCGUUUUGAUAGGCGUGGAGUGGUUGGUUUAUAUAUUGUCACACGUAACUCCGACGGAGGUUCGUCUUUCAUCCCCCACGUCACUGUCGAGCUGGCUGUCUCUGUCUGACGUGCUGCUGAGAUUGAGCUUGUAAGUUCAAUGUCAACUCGCCCGUGCCAGGACGUGUUCAAUCUCGCAAUUGAUCUACUGGAAGAGGACGUGGAGGCUCUUCAGGCGUGCUCCCUGACAUGCAAUGCAUGGUACUCUCGCAGCAAGACUCUCAUCCAUUCCAGGUUUACGUUCGACGGAACAACCACAUCGAAUGAUCGGUUGCUGUGCUACGUUCAGCAUCCCGAACUUCUCAGUUGCAUUCGAACCCUAGUCGUGAAGAAGCCUGCAAGACAAUAUCGACAAUGGACAGGGUGUUACGUCAACCCUACCUCUGCAUCGUAUACGGCCUUGCAAGAAGUCGUAUUUCCUUCUGUCACCAAUCUCAUGCUCCGUCAUAUUAACCCCAGACACGAAGGAGCCAACACGCUCAUGCCCUACGUGCAGAGCAACUUUCCUUCGCUGACGUCUUUAGUCCUCCGGCAGUGGUCGUUCGCAUCCUUUUCGGAACUGCACAUAUUGAUCAUGGCGUUUCCGCGCCUCAAUAGCCUUUCGUUAUUAGAACUACGAACUGAUGGCAAGACUAGUAGCCCCCGCGAUUCUUGGAAUGAAACCCCAGACGAUCCGGUUUCAGAGGAUCACAGUGACUUCCCAAGGCAUAGCUUUGACUGCCUGCGUCGAUUAACAAUUGACUUCAGUAUGGGAGCAAUGCAAUUCCUCCGCUAUCUCAAUUACCAUCAAGUCAAGGCUCCUGUCACCUUCGCCGACGUGCGAUGGGUAUGCAAGGACAAGGAAUAUAAAGACCGGUGCCAAGAUCCCGAGCUCCUUCGGCUAGUGUGUUCCUUCGUAGGAGAUUCUCUAAAACAUCUACGCAUCCUCGAUGGUUACUUCUUGGGGGAUAUGGACGGCUGGAAUGCUAUCCACCGUUGCCAGAAUCUUCGCACCAUUGAACUUCAUACAUCCGUCUACUAUGGACCUUCUCGAUUACAGCGUAUUGUGUCUGAGAUAGAACAUGUCCAGUUGGAAAUACUGGCUGUUCACUUGAACCCUCAGAAGCAGUUCCCAGAGUUCAAAACAGAAUGGACGGUUCAAGCCUGGUCUGAACUCGAUGACUUCCUUCUGUCGAAAACCGAGAUCGUGAAGAAGCAUUGUGGCAAGACACGAUUGACUAUACCAAUCUCCUUACGCCGAAAUGAUUCCUUUGAGAGUAUCGUCGAACGGUUCAGAAAGUUCAUACCAAAGAUUAUUUCCAACGGCGUCCUCGAGUUGGGAUACCAUGCAUAGUGGCCUAUCAUGCCAUCCUUCGGUCGACCUCGUACUGAAUACAGACUCUUAAGUCUUGGAGACUAAUGACUGUGUGGAGAUUCAGGUAGACCCUUGAGUUGUCAGGUGGAAUGUCAUCCAACGCAAUGUAUUCAAUGUCCCUCUUGCGCGUGCACCUAUCCAUAUUGAUAGUUCUGAUCCCACCACGACGGUACGGAUUGAUAUGCUAAAGCUCAUGCUCCUUGGGGAAAGUCAACGCUCGAAGUAAGAUCCUUCCAAGUCUCCAACCCAACCAAGCCGGUGCAAGCACCACCGACGAUGUCAUAGCCACUGCCUCCCAAAGACACUACAGUGGGGAAGGCCUUGCCCUUCGCGAGACCUUCGCCCUUGACGAUAUCAAUGAC